AUGGACACCAUUACUACUCUCGCAGGUACAAACCGAAAGAUCGAGACCGCCAAGCCUCUUUCUUCUUCAUCGACAGCUCAUACAUUGGCAAGCGAUCACACUCCAUCUCCCAGCGACGCUGCUCACAAGCUCGAUGAUCGAUACAACGACCCUACAGCAGAUCUCAAGAUCGUGUCUUCGGAUGGAGUGGUGUUCAAGGUUCGAUCUAUCUAUCUCAGAGCGGCAAGCAAAAUCCUCGACAACAAGAUCACCUCACUUGCCACCUCCUUCGACAUGACGCUCAGACUCGAAGAUACUUCUAUUGAACGUGCGACAGCGGUACGAUUACUCCUUGAGUUUCUUCAUGGUCGAAUCGGUCGACUCGAAUAUAAUAAUCUGGGUAUUUUCCGUCGAGCCAUUCUCCUCGCCAAGAAAUACGAUUGUGAACUUGUUCUCGCCGCUAUGAAACAAUAUACAAGAACUUUGACGAGAAGCGGCAAAGAUGUUCAUUGUAGAAUGGUUUUCUUCUUGGGAUCCAUUUUGGACGACAUCGAUAUCUGCAUUGAUGCUAUCCGCAAUGCCGAAGCCGACACUUGGGCUAAUACCGAAAGUGGACUGGCACCACCCAAAGAAUGGUACGAACACCUUUUGUCAGACUUGAACGAUCCGGAUGAUUGGUUUGAUGGGGAAUGUUCUAUGGAUCCAUCAACUUGGGAUCCAGAAGAUAUCUAUCAAGCACCUCCCAGAUACCUCGCUGGACUCUUAAGAGCCACUCGAGUCGUGUAUAGAGAUGGUGGUACAUGGAAAGCUGCAGCUGACAAAUUCAGAAAGGUCAUGGAACCGCUCGAUACUGAUUCAGAAGAUAAUGAUGUCGAUGAGGAUAGAGACGAAGAGAUGUCAAAUUAA